AUGAGAGAUUUAGGGAAUUACUUCAACGUAAACUACAGUAAAAAGAAAUUUGCAGAUGUCAAAAAAUAUUUCAGCAAAGUAGACAUAUUUGAUGUAACUGGCACAACGAGUAUAGACGAUGAUAGAAUUAGCUCUUUUUUAAAUUCAAAAAAUUUAUCUGAAAAUGAUAGGAAAAUAGUAGAAUUAUAUCGUGAAAAGAAAAUAAGUAAGGUCAUAUUAAUUAAAUAUAUGGAACGAUAUGAAACCACCAUACUUAGAGGUAAAAUACAUCUAAUAUUAGUAUUAUUAUCCCCUAUAUGGAUGUUUUAUAUGUUAUAUUUAUCCAAGACGAUAACAGCAAAAAUAUUUACAUCCAUCUCAGCAAUAUGUAUCUUUUUUAAUUUCUUUGCCUCCUUUUUACUUCAUAAUUUCGAAUGGAAACCCAAUUUAUUUUUUUUAAUUGAAAAAAUUGAUCAUAUAGGAAUCUUUUUAAUGAUUAGUGGUUCAUGUUUGCCAGUACCUGGCUUAUUAUUUAAUAAGAUGAAACUAUUUGUUUAUUUGACUCUUCAAUUAUUUUCUGUACUAUUUGGAAGUCUGUUUAUUUGUCGUAGUUGUUUCUCAUCUGGAAAUAGAAUUACAAGGGCAUGUACUUAUAUAAUAGCAGGAUUCUUACAUGCAGUUUUUAUUAAAGACUAUUUUGUUUGUCUACUAACGAAUGAAAUUAUUUUCUUAAUCCUUCUUGCUAUAUUAUAUGUUGUCGGGGCUAUCAUAUAUUCUAUUAAGAAGCCAAAUAUAAUUUCAGGUAUCAUUGAAUUUCACGACGUUUUUCACAUGUGCUGCCUAGGAAGUGCUGUGUGUACAUUUGCCUUGAACUGCAGUGUUAUAAGAAGGAAAUCAUAA